AUGAAAAGAAAGGCUGAUGAGCAAUUAGAGGAGGAGGAAGAAGGAGAACGUGGCUUGUAUAAUCCUGUAAUGGCAUGGUCGAGAGGGCCACUGAUUGGAAAAGGAGGAUUUGGGUCUGUUUAUUUGGCUAAUUUGAGGAAUCCCAAAUCAAGAAACGGUUGUUAUCCUCUUGUUAUGGCCGUCAAAUCUGCAGAGGUCUCUGUUUCAGGUUCUGUUCAAAAGGAAAAAGAGGUAUUUAACAAUCUCAACGCUUGUCCUUACAUUAUCGCUUGUUUUGGUGAAGAAACGACUGUCAACAAGAAUGGUGUGAUGAUUUACAAUGUGUUGUUAGAGUACGCAUCUGGCGGAACCCUAGCCAGUCUAAUCAAGAAAUCUAAUGGUGGUUUUGGGUUGCCUGAAUUGGAUGUCAAGAGAUACACAAGGUCUAUUCUUCAAGGCAUUGAUUAUAUUCAUAGGGAAGAUUAUGUUCAUUGUGACUUGAAGCCUGAGAAUAUCCUGCUGGUGUCAACUAGAAGGGGUGGCACUAGCAGUACUGAAUUUGUGGCAAAGAUAGGGGAUUUUGGUUUGGCCAAGAAAGCUGAGAAGAGCAAGAAAAGAAAGUAUGUUCCUUAUCUCAGGGGGACUGCUUUAUAUAUGGCACCAGAAUCUGUAGUUGAUCAUGUCCAGGAUGCUCCCUCUGACAUCUGGGCUCUUGGAUGCAUAGUUUUCGAGAUGCUUACAGGGAAGCCUGUUUGGGAUGUCGAGCCUGGAACCACUACUGAAGAGCUUCUGAGAAAGAUUGCUGAUGAACUUCCUGAAAUUUCUCCUGAGAUUUCUAAGGAUGCGAGAGAUUUCCUGAAUGGAUGUCUGGCGAGGAAGCCGAUGCUCAGAUUGACUGCUGAGAUGUUACUGGAUCAUCCAUUUGUGUCAGGAUUUGAUAGCAUCGAAUUGGCGGAGUUUUCUGAUGCAGAAGGGGCGGACUCGACGGUCACUUCCUCUGGGCCAGACAAUGAAUUCAGUGCUUCGUCCUGUUCCGAAGUUUGGAGUUUCACACCAGAGGAAGAGGUUUCUUCCUUCUCUUCUUGGUCAGAUGAUGCAGAAGACAAUCUUAGUGCUGCUGGCUCUACUAUUAUGACUGGAGGUGUUCUUGCAUUGGAAUCUCUAUGCACUGCAGCGCUGCUAUCAGAAGGAUCAGGGCAGAUGGUUUGCCCAAUUAUUUUAGGCAUGUAUCCAUCUGGGGAUGUAGCUCAAAUGGUAGAGCGCUCGCUUUGCAUGCGAGAGGUACAGGAUUCUGUGAGAAGUGGAUGGGUUUCUUUGGAAAGGGAAAUGAUGAGAAAUUCUGCAUCUCAGCAGACAUCACCAUUGAGUCCUGGUAAUGGGAGCAUUGGGCACUUGUUUUCAUCAUCUUCUAGAUUUACCAGUGAUACGUGUGUUUCUUCAGUUUCACCACAAGGAAGGCAGUCUCAUAAUUCUCCAUUCAUUUCUCAGUCACUAAGGGACAGAGGAAAUUUUCCACCAACCCGUUAUUCUCCUUCAGAAGUGCAAUCAACAGAAUUCAUUAAUCACUAUGAUGACAAUAAGGAUAUGUCCUGGCCUAUAGAUCCACUUCAGGACUUACUUGAUUUUUCUGAAAAUGUUGUUGUCCGAAAUGCUCAGGUGGAAAGCAGCGCAGGUGUCAUUGCAUCUGAGGAUCAGUUGGAGUGGGCAGAUCAGUUGAUCUCUGUUGAUGAUGAACUGGAACCUAAUUGGAGUGAAAUUUUGAAUGAUGUCAACAAGACAGAUUCCACCCUGAAGGUGUUGAAGCCGUCUCUUAAUAUCUCAGUGCAACAACCCCCAAUUCACCAGCAUCAAACUGCCCAUAGUGGAGAAGUAUGUGCUGUUACUAAUCCACAGUCCUCUGCAGCCCUAACAAAACCCCGAAUGCGCUGGACGCCUGAACUUCAUGAGGCUUUUGUGGAUGCUGUCAAUCAUCUUGGGGGUAGUGAAAGAGCUACUCCCAAGGGUGUCUUAAAGCACAUGAAUGUCGAAGGCUUGACCAUCUAUCACGUCAAAAGCCACCUGCAGAAGUACAGAACAGCCAGAUAUAAACCAGAGUCAUCUGAAGGAACUUCGGAGAAAAAAUCGAGUCCUGUGGAAGAAAUGAAAUCUCUAGACAUGAAGACGCUGACCUAUGGCUCAAAAAACAGGAGUAUGGGGAUCACUGAAGCAUUGCGAUUGCAAAUGGAAGUUCAGAAGCGACUCCACGAACAACUUGAGCGGAAAUACAACAAAUGUGUGCGUGGUUUUUGUAACUACAGUUUUGGUGUAUCUUCUGAUAAUGAUGUUGUAUACCAACAGAUCCAGAGAAAUUUACAAUUGAGGAUUGAGGAACAGGGGAGGUAUCUUCAAGAAAUGUUUGAGAAACAAAGAAAGAUGGGGGAUGACAAGUCCAAGGCUCCUUCCUCUUCCCAAGAUGACCCUUCCCUUCUACAGUCACAGUUAGAGAAGUCAUCUGCAAAUAACAAAUUAGAAGCCCCAGAGCUGGACUGUGUCGAAACAAGAUUUGACACAAGUAAUGCGAGUGCUCUAUUGGAAGAAAGUUCCCAGAGUAUAAGCAGGAAGCAAAAGGCACCAGAGGACAGAAACAGUCAGGUUCUUGACCAACCUGAAGAGGAGUCCAGUCUGGCACCAGUAAAACGACCAAGAACAGAUGAACCAGCAGCAUUGUCUACCGGGCCUGCAUCCAAUUGA